AUGAAUGAAGACGACAGACUCUUUUUCUGUUCACAAAUAUUAAAUUACGAAGUUGAUAUUGAUGAAUGCAUCAUAUGCCUUGAUAAUGUUACUGAGAUAUUUCUUGAACAUCAAGACCAUCCAGAUAUCCAAAAACAAGCCAUGAAAGCCAUUGAAAAAUUGAUAAAUCAAACAACAGAAGAAAAUUGGUCAAAAAUCGAAAGAUUUUUUACUGAAGAAGUAAUCAAAGCAAUCGUGAAUGCAAUGUUUAACGAGAAAACAUCGAUCGCAUGUGCCAAUAUCCUUUCAAAACUCGCAGUUCAUUAUAUUUCUCAAGAUUUAAUUUUUGAUUUGGUUGAAACACGGUUAGACAUCACUUUAUCGGCUAUUAUGGCUACAAGCGAACGUCGAGCAUCACUAAUAUUCUACUGGAAUUGCCUUAGAUACGGAAAUUAUGUUCCAAGAGCAGAUAUCGUCCAUAAAAUUUACGAUUUCUUAGAUUUUGGGACUGUCGAAGAGAAAAUAAUUGCUUUGUCAUACGUUUACUUGUUAGUUUUUCAGAUUCCAACCUUUAAUAGAGAGAAUUACACUUCUGAACAAGAAGUCGAGACAUUAUCACAUGAAGUGUUCGGAGAACAUUUAAUUGAGUCCACAUUGGAUAUUGUGGAAGGUUUAAACGUUGAUUCAGAAUCACUCGGAAUUAUCUGCCAAGGUUUGAGCUAUUUGAUAUACAAUAAUGAUAACUUUUUGAAAUGUAUCCUAGAAGAAGAUGUUUUCUAUGAACAAUUCACGGAAUUAUGCACCAACGAAAAAAUUAUCAAAAAUCCACUAGCGUAUGAAUCAUUUCUUGAUAUUUCUAGUCAUAUAACUGAAUUGAGAAAGGAAGCAGAAGAAAAUUAA